AUGAGCCACUUUAGCUAUAAACGCUACCCCGCGCCGGCCUCUUCUCGGCAACCUUCAUACCCACCCCAACAAUUAUACCCGGCAAACCUACCGCAAUAUGUCGCCCCGCCAUACAUUCCUCCGCCUCCGCCUCCCCCGCCUACGCCGCCAUCACAACUUCCCCAGUCACACUUUCCUCCUCCGGGAACCCAAGGGGAGCCUCACAGUACACAGAAGCGUGCCCCCCCGGUUUUUGAACGUUUUAAUCAUCGCCGAGUCCAAAGCGCAACGUCACCGCCUCCCGUACCACCAAAAAUCCCUGACCCCAACAACCCCAACUACCAAUACUGUCAAUACCCCGCGCCACCAUCCUCAGUUUCAUCCUCUUCUUCCUCAAUUUCCUCAUCUUCGUCACGCUCUUCAUGGCGUUACGGUUCACCGAGCUCUCCUAAUCUUGCCCACUUGCACCGCGAUAGCCGUACCGGUCGGUGCGGGGAUCGGCCGCGGGAUAUAAACGUCGGGCUCCCCCCCCGCGGUUAUAAGCCACCCUCCGUCGAAUCAGCUCCCCAGUCACCGCUAAGUCUUGAUACGCUCUCCCCAGAUUCUAAGCAUGUGCUUGAUAAAAACGAAAGCUAUUUUCCACCCCCUGCUCCCGGCGUCCACGCUGGGCUACGGCAACAACAAGUCCCACCCGGCUCUCCGCCUGGGGAGUCACCACCCCCGCUUCCUAGCCUGCGUGGUGGGUUCACCGAUGGGCAGUUAGAAAAUGAACCCCUUAUAGAGGAAUCCAGGCCCUGGAAGGAAUGCCCCAUACCAUUUUACGAAGUCUCUGACGAGGGUUCGGGUCCCGAUUCCCCAUCAGAGUCGGAGCAUGACACAGUGCCAGAUUUGUCUACCUAUUCCUCACCAAGGGAGUCGAGCCUUUAUACCCAGACCUCCCCGAAGACUCCACACUCGGGCGGCCAAGCUUUCAGACGGUAUGCUCAGGCCUCUAGAGAUACCGAACAGAUCGCAACUCCCAGAGAUAGAAGGCCCUAUCCCCAACAUUCCCCGAUUGAUCCACCGCCUGUGCAGAGGGGGUCUCCACCAUACAGGCACUCCCUGAGCCCUCUAGUUAGCUCUCAGCCUCCGCCAAUUCAGCCGUCACCUUCACAACAAGCUACACAGAGCCCCCUGCUGCGAUACCAAACACCGCCACUUUUUCCAGCGGCGACGCACACACCCCGACAACUCCCCGCCCAGCAGGUCCGGCGUGAUUUGCUGCCACCACCUCCACGAGAGCCCCUCCCCAGGUGCCCCAAGAGAACCCCUGUAUCCUGGGGGCAAUGGUUUCAGAUGCUCUCGGUUCCAAAUUUUGACGUGUGCGCAAAUUGCUAUUACACUCAUAUAUACCCUUCACUCUUUGCGGAACACUUCCACGCUGUCGAAAAAUCUUCAAAUGCCGAGGUGUCCUGCGAUUUUAGCACGGAGCGUGUACUUCAUAGGAUAUGGCCCAACGCCCUUGAGAGGGGGGUUCUCAGUGGCCUUCGCGAAUAUGCUCUCAUGCGAUCAAAUAUACCUGAAUGCAGUACCGUUUCGGGGAACACAGUGGGCCGUUUAUCAUCGAGGUGGUGGAGGGUGAUUGAUGGAUCAAUGCCCAGAUUUCGAUGCUGUGACGCGUGUUACCAAGACAUGGUAAUGGCUACGGGGUUUACUUCCUACUUCGCUCUUGUCAACCCUCAACCAGAAGAGGAGGCUUGGGUCUGUGAUCUAUCUUUUCCCUUCAUCUCGGGAGGCAUGCUUUCGUUGUGGAAUUACCAGGACAAUAUCAUUAAGGAUCAAUGGGAUGAUUUUGUGAGCCUCGUGAGGUUCCGCCACAAUGUCCCGCCGUGUCCGGGUCCCUCUAGGGUGAGGAGCGGGGAGCGAAGGUGGUACAUUCCGAAGAGGCCUAUACCUGGUUUGGCUGUGUGCGAGGCCUGCUAUUGUGAUAACGUUAUUCCGCAUUUUGAGGAUAAGUUCACUGAGGCAACCGUCUCUCCUCAGCAGCUUUUAAUGUGCGGUAUGGCCCCCUUGGCUAUCAAGAUGCCAUGGGAUAGUGCGGUUCAAAAGGGCUCAUUUGAAACCUGGUGGGAAGCUGUAUAUGCCCUAAUGACGCUUCCUCAAUGUUCUGAGAAGGGCUUCACAGAUCAGGCUGCAUGGGAGUGGUAUGGUUUGCGCCACCCACAUGAGAAUCUUGAGAACUUCCAAUGUUGCCGAUCCUGUUACAUGAGUAUUCUCCGGCCAUUAGAUCUUGCACCUUACUUUGAUCCGAUUGGUUUUCCAACUCAGAACUCGACUGCUACUCGUACAUGCAGUCUAGCACCAGAUAGCCCUCGAUACGCAGCUUAUAUGAAGAAACUCGGAGAGGCGUCGAAGCAGAAAAGAUUCGACAUAUUCCUUUCCUACGUCAUCCCCCGCGCCAAGAUCCCACCUUGUCGCCCAAAUUUCUUGGCACGGAUGAAGUGGUAUGGCACGGAUGAGUUCGUUGUUUGUGAGGAAUGUUACUCCGAGUACGUACGGGAUGGCCCCUUGAACUGUCAAUUGACAGUACGCGCUCGCUACUCGCCUGAACCCCAAGCCUGCGACCUCUAUUCCCCACGAAUGAAACAUAUAUGGGAAGCAGCUUGUGCCAAACGGGAUAUCAAAUACUUCGCCCAGGCAGCCAUUGAGAGAGGAAAAAUAUUCUGUGAAGUCCAAGAAUUUUCAAACGAAAUCAAUGCGGAGAUCGCCGCGAGGAAAACGGGCGAUGGCCGAUUGACGCUCUAUGCUCCAGGUAGUGGGGGUGAUAGUGGUUACCGAUGUGGGCGGCAUGGUUCGGGGACUAGCAUUAUGGAUGCGGAGUUGACGGACUUGUAUAAGGAGCUAGAGGCAUUGCAGAGGCGAUGGAAGUCCGUCGAGUGAUGAGGAACGGCUUUGCAUGUGUUUUCUCUCUUGUUUGGCGCUUUGUUUAUCCCAUGUUAAAAACUAUGUCCUCUUCCUUCUCUUUCAUUAUUCCGUUUACUUCGAAAUUAGUGCUCGUGAUCCAGCUUUUGGUGCUCGAUGCAAGCGCUGCUAGAUCAAUAUUGCAGAAGAUCCUUUAGUUUCUGAUUUGGCGGUGGCGGGCUGAGUUUGUUUUUCCUAGCGUGCAUCGUUGGCAAUUGUUGCGUUAACAUGGGGGAUCUUUUAGCGACUGUUAGCUGUACAGAGAAUCGGCAGGAGUGGGGGAGGAUAUCGUGAAAAAAUACUGUUAUGGUAUCAUACGCAUGUUUGUGCCCCUCGUAUGGAGGUGGUAGGUCCAGAAGCGUAUAUAUGAAUUGCGAAGUAGAUGAACCGCUUUAAUGACUGGGGAUCGUCAGAGGGGGGAUGGUGGAUAGUUUAUCGCCAUGGAUUAGAACUAUCAUAAGUGGCAAUCUAGAGAGGGAUCGAGGGGGAGUACGAUGGGGAAUAUGGUGCGAGGGAUUAGGGUGGUACCGCCAUAGUGGGAGGGGAUAGGGUAAGACAGGCUGAGCAGAUGACCCUUCGGAUGACCCCUUACUCAGGAACUGGGUCAAAGAUCCUACCUAGCCAACAACUACAGCUCAACAAUAACACCUCAAGGAAAACACGCUAUCUUAGACUAGAAGAGGGGACACCCUAGAAAAAAAACAAAAUACUGCCAGACCAAAGAGGAAAGGAAAAGAUAAGUCCUCUUAGGACAACAAGAACAAGAAAAGGAAAAUAUAAGCACUAAAGAUAAAAGGCUUAUUAGUUGUAGACAAUAUGACAUUCACAGCAGUGGGAGCCAGGGAAAACUACUAACAUGUAGUGGGAAUCAUCUUGCUCAUGGCCCAGGAUAACUGGUAUCCUGCAUCCUUGACCCCAAGAACUCUGUGGUUGGAUUGGGUUGAAGACAGAUAUCUUAUUGGCAUAUCAGGCAUGGCAGUAUUUGGAGGAGGUACAGUUGCUGGGACCCAGAUGAUCUGUGCAGGCAGUGCCAGAGUAGCUGGUAUAAUAUUGGGAGAGGAAGUAGAUACCAAAGAGGAGUUUCUGGUAUGGGGUAAGAAGGUGGAGUAG